CUGGUGGAUUGAAUGUGGGGCAUUAAUAAAAGUAAAGGGAACCAAGGAUAUGCACAGUUUUGGCUGAACAAAUGCAAGCUGAUGGAGAAGGGGCAGAUUUAGCAGAAGCCGGAAGGUUGACACCUGAGGUUUGAGAACCCGAGAAGGCAUCAGGUUGAGAACUAGUCAUGUGGAAGCUGGAAAAGAGCCCAGCUGCAGGAAGAAAACUGUUUCCAGCCAGAGAUACCAUCUCUCUGCUAAGAUUCUACUGUAGGAGCUGGGGGCAAGAAGGUGCUCCCGAAGCCUGAACUUCUGGGGAUGAAAAGUCACAGAAUAUGAUGUCUGACAAACUUACAGUGCUGGAGCCUUCCGCCUCGGAGCCCAGGGAGUUUCAUGAUGACAGGUUAGCGCCGCUGUUGGGGAAUCCAGAAAGACAGAGCCUCGAGAGUCCCCCCUCUCAGGAGGGGGGCUUCAAACAGAUGACAGUAACCCACUGGAAAAUCCAAACAGGAGAGACAGCCCAGCUAUGCAGUAAGUCAGGAAGAAACCCUGUUCUCAACUCAAACCUUCUGAUACUUCAGAGAGAGCUCAUAGAAGGGGAGGCCCGUUCUUGUGGUGUUGGUGGCAGAAGCUUCCCAUUCAAUUCAAAUGUAGUUCCACAUCCGAUUUCUCACGCAGGGGAGAAGCCUUAUCAGUGUGAUCACUGUGGGAAAGGCUUCAGUCAAAACUCCCUCCUCACCGAACACCAGAGAGUCCAUGCUGGGGACAGGCUCUCUGUGUGCAACGUGUGUGGGAAAGACCUCAUUCACUACGCUGACCUAGUUGAGCACCAGCGUGUACACAGCGGCGAGAAGCCGUUCAAGUGUGCACAGUGUGGGAAAGCGUUUUGUCACAGUUCAGACCUGCUUCGACACCAGAGAGUCCACACCAGAGAGAGGCCUUUUGAGUGCAAAGAGUGUGGAAAAGGCUUCAGUCAGAGCUCCUUACUCAUUCGCCAUCAGAGAAUUCACACGGGAGAGAGACCCUAUGAGUGUAACGAGUGUGGGAAAUCUUUCAUUCGGAGCUCGAGCCUUAUUCGGCACUACCAGAUCCACACAGAAGUGAAACAGUAUGAAUGCAGAGACUGUGGGAAAGCCUUCCGGCACCGUUCGGACCUCAUUGAGCACCAGAGAAUUCACACUGGAGAGAGACCCUUUGAGUGUCACGAGUGUGGCAAGGCCUUUAUUCGCAGCUCAAAGCUCAUCCAACAUCAGAGAAUCCAUACCGGAGAACGGCCUUACGUGUGCAAUGAGUGUGGGAAGCGCUUCAGUCAGACGUCCAACUUCACUCAGCACCAGAGGAUCCACACCGGGGAAAAACUCUACGAGUGUAACGAAUGCGGCAAAGCCUUCUUUCUGAGCUCGUACCUCAUACGACACCAGAAAAUCCACACCGGCGAGCGGGUGUACGAGUGCAAAGAGUGUGGGAAGGCUUUCCUGCAGAAGGCCCACCUCACUGAGCAUCAGAAGAUCCACACCGGAGACAGACCCUUCGAGUGCAAAGACUGUGGGAAAGCCUUCAUCCAGAGCUCAAAGCUGUUGCUGCAUCAGAUUGUCCACACUGGGGAGAAGCCCUACGUGUGCAGUUACUGUGGGAAAGGCUUUAUACAGAGGUCCAACUUCCUUCAGCACCAGAAGACGCACACCGAGGAGAAGCUCCGCCAGUACGGUCAGCAUGGAACGGAUCUCACCCCACCCCCAGACCUUGUCCACCAGGAGGAUCUUUCCCUGAGCGAGACCUCCCUUCAUUUGGGAGAGGCGUCUACAGAUCAGGAAUGUCAUGCAGGUCACUUAUGAGACAGUCGCUCUUGGAGUCUGUAAGUGGUGCUUGGAAAUGGGCAUACUUAGUAUAUAUAUGGCCUCUAGGAUGUGGCUUGUCACAUUUCCCAAGUCACAGAUAGCCUGCUUGUGGUUAGGUCUGUCGUCUGUCACCAGGUCAGGAAAGCUGAGGUGAAAGACCCCCGGAGUUGGGAAACUCUCACUCAAGUCUCGGGAUAACACGACCUCCCAGGAACUCACGAGAGACCGUCCUUGCUACAAUCACACAAGGUUUAUUGACAGGACAGGAACCAGUGCACUGGGGCCGAAACUCAUUUCCCACGCAGGGGUAGAGUUCGACCCCGAGUAGCUGGGAGAAGGGGUAUUUAAGGGAAGAAACCAUAACCCAAUAACCCAAAGGAGGUAGGGAGGGCAUCAUUGGAAAAUUCCGAAAAUAGCAGUGAUAAUCACAAGGGGGUAACUCCCUGUUUCUCAAGAUUAUUCUCAAGAUUAUAAUCUAACUUUAAAAUUAGCUAGUUCCUGGACCAGAGUCACUGAACCGGCUAACCUAGAUUUUGGUUCUUCUCUCCCUGCUAGAUUUUUUUUUGGCUCUACUUUUUCUGCUAGAGGGGUCUGAAUUUAUCCGGGUCUUUCAUGGGGACUGGACAGCUGGCUUUGAGCUGAACACUGAGGGAGAGCCUCUAGAGCAUUUUCUAGAUUUUCAUUAAAGUUACACACUGUCAAGUUAAAUCUUUUCAGAGAUAUGGCUACUUCUCUGAAAGGUUGGAGAAAGGGGUAUUCUCAUGCAAAACUGCAAGUUGGUUCUUCCCUAUUGUCUGGGACUAAACUCUAUGCCACAUGGCCAAGUCCCUGGCCUUUGCUUUCUCAAGUGUUUGACUCCUGGUAAAGCAUUUGACGCGUUCCUCCAUCUACAUCCUCCAGGCCACCCCACCCACAUCCUCCAGGCCGCUCCCACUCCUGUCCUGAUGGGUCUCCCCGUCUCCCAAGUCGCUCCUGAUUAUUCUGCGAGGCCUCUCUCAGGCACCAUGCCCCAGAAUGCUUCCUUAGUACUGAGCUGGGUUUGUGGCUUGUGCUUCUGUUGCUCUGUGCUUCCCUCUGCUACUGUACUUGCUUUUAAAUACCACAAUUUUGAAUUCUUUUUCAUUGUGCUCUGUUCCCUGAGGACAGUGAUCAUGUAUCAUUGAUUCCCAUGUCCCUAGUGUCAAGCACAUGACAAUA